AGGGAGGGAGAGGGGAGUGAGGGGGGAAUCCAAGGCUCAGGGGGUUAUUGGUUUGGUAUCGCUGCUCAUGUGAGUGGGUGAAGCCCCGACCAUAGAGAGCAGAGCAGAGGAGAGCAGAGCAGAGGCUGUGUCCAGGGCAGAGCAGAGCUGACAGACUGUGGCUGUGGCUGUGCCCCUCUCCCCACUCGCCCACUCGCCGCUCGUCAUCUGAUCUGCACUAAUGAGAAGUAACUUCGUUUGAAUAAAUCAUGGAACUCUAUUGGUACAUAAUAGUGAUAAUAUUUAUUAUCGUCAAAAUCUUCUUCUACAUUUGCUGGUAUCGUUCACGGCAACGACAGCUGGAUGCCUAUCUUAGCAAUCCCCGAAACACUCAGAUAGUGAUUGUUGGAGGCAGAGCUUAUCUACAUCAGCUCUGCGAGCGGCAAAAUAGUCCUAUGUGGUAUAGUUGGUAUGGGGGUCAAGAUGACGGCUCCAUUGGAGAACCCUCUGGGUCCCUACCUCCUGCUCCUUCCUACAGCCAGCUGGAGGUGCCACCUCCAUAUGAAGCGGUGUCGAGAGGUCAGACGGAUGAUUUAAAGCCUCCGCCAUACACAGAGUAUGCUACUGCUGGGAGUAUUGAGGACGCUCGUGCUCUGUCUGUCCCAGAGGGUUACGAUGCUUGCAGCUUGAGUGAUGCUCCACCUCCAUAUACUCCUAGUCCAUCGGCUGAGAACGAACAACCAGAUAAUGUGACAUCAUCCACUGUCCAAGAGACAGACCGUGCCACUGCAAUCGGCUCAGCAUAUCAAAUCUGAACACAAAAUGCACUUCCUGGGACUCCUGUGAAGUUAACUUAUCUUUCCUUAAAUGGGGGGGAAGUAAGUCCAAAGCGCCUCAACUUUUUUUGGACAGAUUUUAUUUCUCUGCAAUUGAAGAUGUUUACAGUGACGCACUACAUAUAAUGGAGUUUUCCCUUACUGCUGCUAUCAGCACUACUUUCUUUUUAUUAUGCAGUGACUGCAUUUUGCAAGGAGGAGCUCACGGAGAAGGGUACCACCGUGUUUUAACAGCUCGUAUGUUUGCCAGUGACUGUUGAUGUUUAUAACUUGUAACUCUCCCCUGCCCCUGUCAUAGAGGAGGUGAGCGAUAGUCAGCAUGUGGCCAGAGACUGCAAAUUCUGUAUCUAUUUUGGUGUUUCAGGAGUUUAGCGACAAGACUUAGCUAGUAGAUGGUAGUCGCCGGAAUCGACUUGUACUCUGCUGUUAUCGGCAUGUCUGCGAGGUCAUUCCUAACAUUCUCUGGCUCUGCUUUCUGUAGCUUUGCCAAGACCUCGUUAUUCACCCAAAGGAAAAGUCGUCUCACAUUAAGAGAGGGCAUUUCCAAUUUUAGAGAAUCUUACAGAUGUCAGACUUUUUAAAAAGACCAUUCUGCCGUAGCAUUUAAAUGCUUAUUUCUGAAAAAAUGUAUUUUUAUAUUUUUUUAAGCUUUUAUGUCAUUCAACAUUGUGUAGAUACCCACAAGCAAAAUCUUUGGGGUAUUAAAUAUUCUUAGCUGUUUUUUCCCCUCUUGAUGACUGCAUGUAAAGUUGAAGCCUUUAUUAUGGAUUUAUUGUGUAUAAUGCUGUACAGUUUAGAGGUGAUGACCGAGAAGUGUGCGAAUAUGUGUAGAUGCACAGAGUUGCAUCCACCUAACCCAUUUCAAUUCCAAAGCAAUCUGUCACAAUAUAUAAGGCUUUUUGGUUCAGAACCUUUAAUAUUUACUGUGUUCUCAGAUAUUUAUUGUAGUACAUGCCUGAUUAUAACCCAUAAAUUUCUCACACAAUAUGAGAGUAUUGCUAAAUGUGUCAGCCCCUGUGUUAAACAGUCUCUAAACAAUUAGUUUUUUCCCCCCACAACCUUUUCACAGCAUUGUAUGACUACAAAUCUGUGGAAUAAGUAGAUUAUUAGUACGAAUAUUAUCAUAAUGUUGGUUUAAGUCACAUUUCUAUCAGAGUUCAAUUAGUUUCUCUUUUCUCUUUGUACAUUUUUUUCACCUUUGCAACCAAUCCAAAGUUGAGUCGAUUAAGACAAUUAAACAGAAAUAAUUUGAAGACUCACACUAAGUCAAAAAAAAAAUAAUUUAUGGAAUAAUUUUAGCUUAAUUGAUAUUUUUAAUGAAUAAUUUAAAAUAUUUGUUGCCUUGCAAAUAGGCUUUGCACACAACAACCACUUUGCUGUAAGGAUGAUGUUUUUGCUUUGGGUGGGUGGUGCUUUCAGUAUUUUCACUGACUUAAAUUGUUUUAUGUUCACCUUUAUAGAGCUUAAGAGUUUCAAUCCAAAUUAAAAUAGGAUUUAGAUGUACAUAAAUAUUUCAGUUCACCUUCUUGGACUUGCUGACUUAUGUAGCUUCUUAAGCAACAAAUACAGUUUGCUAUUUCAAUCUCAA